ACCGGAGCCGAGCCCCGCCUCUCCCGCUGGCCCAUAAAGGUCCGGCGCGGCGAGGCCGACACCCAUACGGCUCCAGCCGGUCCGCUGCGAACGGCUGCCGCCUCUUCCUCCCUUGCUUCCUCCUUCUCUUCUCUCCCCGGGACGAGAGGGCGAUGGACGCCAGAUGCCUGCGGGUCCGCAGCCUGCUGCUCUUCCUCGGCUACCUAUUGCAAGCAGUCCUGGGCACAACAGUGAUCCCAUUAUGUGGGCCUGGUGAAAUAGAGAACUGCACGACAGCACUAAUCCAGACAGAGAACAGUCCACGUGUGGCUCAAGUUGGGAUAACUAGAUGCAAGCCUGAAAUGAAGGACUACUGCUUCCAUGGGCAGUGCGUGUACAUAGUGGACUUGGAUGAACACUACUGCAGGUGUGAUGUAGGCUUCUCUGGUGUCCGAUGUGUGCAUUCAGAAUUGGUUAGACAGCCCCUCAGUAAGGAGUAUGUGGCACUGACAGUUAUCGUCGUUCUGCUUUUCCUCAUCGCCAUCUCCAUUGCAAGCUACUACAUCUGCAGAAGGUACCAAAACAAGAAGAGACAAAUGAAUGCGGGUGAAUACAAGGAAGUUGGUGCCCUGUAGAAGAAAUGGUGGCUUCCUACAGUGUUCUGUUCAUCUGGAUGGACUCAUUGACUUCUCAUCUAUUUAAAUGUUAUUUUUAUUAACAAUAUUUACAAUAUUUAUAUCUUUGUAAAAAUUUCAGUUGCUUGGUGAUCCAAUCAGUAUAGGUCAAGCAUUUUAUUUUCAGUGUUUUAUUUUUUUACUAAAUAUUAUUUCCUCAUGAGAACCCCACCUUGGUGGUUCUGUGGGAUAGAGAUAUAUUUUUAUAAAAACUCAUCUUCUUACUCUGAAGAGUAAUUUUAUAUUUAUUCUUGUGAAUAUGCUCAAAACAAUUCUGCUCCUUGAAAUAAAAGUUGUAGACCAAGUCAAA